AUGGCGGCUCUCCAGUACUUGGAUUCUCUUCGGAAUACCCAGCCUGAGCUCUCCGAAUGGUACAACACCCUCGCGGAUCUGUACCAGCGCAAGCUAUGGCAUCAGCUCACUCAGAAGCUCGAACAAUUCGUAGCCCUUGCCGUCUUUCAGGCUGGGGAUGCUCUCAUACAGUUCUAUCACAAUUUCAUCACUGAUUUUGAGACGAAAAUCAAUCUUCUCAAGCUUGCACAUUUUGCCGUCAUAGUUUCUCGUCAGUACUCAGAGAGAGAUGCAGCAAUUAGCUAUCUUGAGGGAGUGAUUGAAAAGCUUCGUAAUACCAGAGAGCUGAGGAUAGAGGAGCCUAUACUCUACAUUAAAAUGCAGAUUGCUUUAUAUAAGCUUGAGCAAGGAGAUCAAAAAGAAAGCAAGAAACUUUUAGAUGAGGGCAAGAGUACACUGGAUAGCAUGACUGACAUAGAUCCCUCUGUGUAUGCCAGCUACUAUUGGGUUUCAUCCCAAUACCACAAAGCUCGCCAAGAAUUUGCUGAGUUCUAUAAAAGUGCUCUUCUUUAUCUGGCUUAUACAUCAGUGGAGUCUUUGUCUGAUUCAUUCAAGCUUGAUUUGGCUUUUGACUUAUCGCUCUCAGCACUUCUUGGAGAUAACAUUUACAAUUUUGGAGAGUUGCUUGCCCAUCCAAUUAUCAAAAGUCUUUUGGGGACCAAGGUAGAGUGGCUCUACUCUAUUCUUGAAGCAUUUAACAGUGGUGAUUUAGUACGUUACCAGGAAUUAUGCAAUGUUCAUCGAUCUGCUCUGAGCUCUCAGCCUGCGCUGGUGCAAAAUGAGAAAAAACUUCUGGAGAAAAUUAACAUUCUCUGUCUAAUGGAAAUUAUUUUCAGUCGACCAUCGGAGGAGAGAACUAUUCCUUUGGGUGUUAUUGCUGAACGAACUAAACUUUCUAUAGAAGAUGUGGAGUAUCUUCUCAUGAAGAGCCUUUCCGUUCAUUUGAUUGAAGGAAUAAUUGAUCAAGUUGAUGGAACAAUCCAUGUCUCUUGGGUUCAACCAAGAGUAUUGGGUAUAUCCCAGAUCAAAUCUUUACGCGAUCGGCUAGAUAAUUGGGUGGAAAAAGUACACACUACUUUGGUGUCUGUCGAGGCAGAGACGCCUGAUUUAGUUGUAUCCUGA